AUCCAAAUGACCCCUGGCAAUUAUUUGAAGGAUGGGGAACGAGUUUAUGCUGGUGGGCAAAUGCGUUAGGUGGAUUUCCGGAUAUUGUUAGAAACCAAGCUGCAGAUCUAGUGUUUGACUUUAAUAAG